AUGGCGUACUAUCUCCUUUACUUUUUAACAUUCUCCGUUGUGAUCUGCGGAACUGCACUUUACCUCACCCGGUCACACUGGCUACCGUUGGUUCCGGUGCCCGAAUAUCUCUACCAGCACCUUCCCUCUAGCUUUGCUGGGGAUUUAGAAGCAGGCCUGACUUCGUCGCAGUUCGACAUCUCGUCCAACAUCGCAGAUGGCGACCCAAGAGCCGGCCUGGACGGCAAGGCGAAACGCGAAGUGCAGAAUAUCAUGAAGAGGCAGAACAUAGAUUUUGAUGAAGCCCGCAGGAUAUACACAGAGCGUCGCUUUGCCACCCAUAACAUUGGUCCUGACGGCCGGCCUCGGGACCCGAAGUUCGUGUCAUUCUCUUGA